CAAAGCCAAUGCACUGCAUGCAAUAUGCCGCCGAGCCUUGUUGACGUAUCGGCUGAUAUCUUCCCAGGAUUCGUGCUUAGCGCUCAGCCUCGUCUCCCCCCCACCUCUAGUGUUGCGUCCAUAAGCAUAAAGCCAUAAGAAUGAAUUCCGUCUCAGGUCGUAUUGUGCUACCCACGUUCUACUCUGGCUCGCGCUCUUUUGUGUUCUCUGAGCCCAUCACAGCAAUAUCAUCCUCUUUCGUCCUUGCCAGCCUGACCGCUACAUGGGAUCGCCAAAGAAUCCAGAGCCCGCAAGGGUGGUGCGACCGUCUACCCCAACCCUGACCACCAUCUAUCCUAGUCCCCCUCCCUCGCCGUGCUCGCCCGUCAAGAGUGUCGUCUCUGCCACCAGAGAGGAGACAGACGAUGUCGUAGCCCCACCAGAUGAGGCGGGGUGCGUGGCUAGGCCGCGGACACCGAGUACUCCUCAAAGUGAGCAUAAGUCGGCAUUGAAACCAGCCGAAAUAGUCCUAUGGCCUACCCCCACAAGCAUUAAGGUGUUUCUUGAGGAGUUGCUGCGAGAUGAGCUCUGUGGAUCUCAAACGACAAAGAAGAGUUGUUCAAAUCGCCGCAAACCUGGGAAAGCAUCCGAGUUCAACGAGGUGAUAAUAUCAUUGAAGAGCCUGCCACCGUCCUCUACCUAUUUCACAAUGGUCGCAACACUCGAAAAGCUUGCUUUAUCGAUCCAUUGCUCGAGACAUGACAACGAAAAGUCGGUUGAUGCUCGCAUAGACGCCUGGCUCGCCAAGUAUUUCCCCCGUCCGAUUGACACCGCGAUGCUUAUCCGCAAUGCGCUGCCGAACCAUGGUAUCAUGUGUAUUGGAACGACGACGAAGGGCAGCAGCUGUAGGAUGAAGAUCGGUGGGAGGAAUGUUCAGGCAGUUGACUUGAUCACCACCAAAAUCCUGGACCCGGAGAUCUACCUGCAUGAUGAGAGGCUGGAAGUCUGGCUCCAGAGGCUUGGCCGCAGCGCCCUUUGCUCCUGGCACACCGAACAGCUUCAAGAGCAAGUGGUUAGAUGCAGAGCAGAGAUUGCAAUCGCACGGCAGUCUGAGUUGUCAUCAAGGACAAGCAUCGGUGGUUUUGGGAACCAAGAUAAUGCGACAGAGGAAGUGUGGCAAGUCCCAGGGUAUGAUGCGUCCCCACUUCGUCUUCUUGCGACUGCCGGUCCGAGCAACGAGAACCCUUUGCUGGUGAAGGAUUGUCUGGCAGCGAUCAGCAAGUCUCUCACUCCACGAACUCCCAAACCAGGCUACGUCUACGCCUAUACUGUUGACGGGAAUGAGGGAUAUGUCAAGAUCGGCUACACCACCCACGAUGUCUUGAAGAGACAUGCAGAGUGGGAGUUUGAGUGCAAUCGGAAGGUCAUAAGUCUUUACCCAGACUCGGCUGCCCUGGGUACGCAGAUUGCUUGGCCGCAGCUGGUUGAGAGCCUUUGCCAUGCAGAUCUCUGCGACCGCAGGCUUCGGGUGGACUGCAGCGCAUGUCAGAAGCAGCACAUCGAGUGGUUUGAUGUCACCUCGCAGAGAGCAAUUGAUACCAUCGAAAAAUGGUCUCAGUGGGUGACUCGAGUCGCCUGUCAGCCUAACUGGACGAUGAAAGUGAAGGCGAAACCAUGUGAUAUCAACGCGCCCCGUAUAGACUACGGCUUGAUCGCUUCGGGAGACCAGGUGAUGAAGGACUCGGAGGCCCGAGAUCGCCUUGCGCACAAAUACAGAAUGAUCUGCUUCGAGAUGGAGGCCGCAGGUGUCGUGGACCAGCUGCCGACUCUGGUGGGAUAUGCUGCCCUGACGGCAGCCGCCUAUGCAAAGGUGCUACUCUCGACAUUGCCGGCCUUCCAGAACGCUACCACAGUGGGUCACUGGGUGGUCCAAUUCGCAAGAAAUCCACAUCUUGUCGGUCGCGGGGAUGUCAUGACCCAGCUGGAAAAACAGCUUUCCACCUCCGACGGACCCAGAGCAAUCUCCGUCAGAGGUCUAGGGGGCGUGGGGAAGACACAGAUUGCCCUCGAGCCGGCCUAUCGUCUCAGAGAUAAGGAUAAGCACUGCUCGGUAUUCUGGGUUUCCUGUACCAGCCUAGCGGUGGUCGAACAGUCCUAUUCGAAGGUAGGAGAAAGCAUUCAACUUCUCGAUCCCCAUCCAGCUCGGAUCAAGGAACAAGCCAGAACAUACUUGAGCUCCAAGCCAUCUGGGAAGUGGCUUCUCGAUUUCGACAAUGCAGAUGAUACGCAGAUCUGGCUAUCUGACGGCGCUUCCGGUACCAAGCUGAUCGACUUUCUGCCUCAGACUAAACAUGGUCGUAUCAUAUUCACCACCCGCAAUCGCAAGUCAGCGGUCAGUCUGACCUCAGCCAAUACCGUUUCGAUCUCAGAUGUGGAGAAGAAGAUUGGUGAGAAGAUGUUGGAGAAUCUACUGCGUAGAAUGAAAUCAGAAGAGGACUGUACGACCACGGAAUCCUUUCUCGAGCAGCUUGAUUACCUUCCACUGGGGGAUGCCCAAGCUUACGCGUAUAUUCUAAGUAAUAAUAUCAGCCUCCUUGAGUACCUUCAGCUUCUCGAAGAGCAAUAAUCAGAAGUCGUGGAGCUUUUAGGUGAGGAUUUUUAUGGAUGCUGGUCGAUACCGCGAUGCAGAAAACCCGAUCAUGACCACGUGGCGGAUCUCUUUCAAGCAAAUCCAGAAGUUGAACCCGGCCGCGGCUGAUAUUCUGUUCUUCAUGGGCUGCUGCAGUCCCAGAGAUAUUCCUACCUCUUUGCUUCCCCUACCAACAAUCAAAAAG